GCGAGAGUUCGUUCUGCCGGAAAGCAGCACGCCGCCGCGGCAUUUCACGACGUCGGCGGCUAAAGGCGCAGGAAGCGCUCGGAUUUCCUCCCGGCAGCCCGGCGAAAGCCAGAGCGAUGUUCGGUGCGGGCGAUGAAGAUGACACCGACUUCCUCUCGCCUAGCGGCGGUGCCAGAUUGGCCUCUCUUUUUGGACUGGAUCAGGCAGCUGCUGGCCAUGGAAAUGAAUUCUUCCAGUACACAGCCCCCAAACAGCCUAAGAAAGGCCAGGGAACAGCAGCAACAGGAAACCAGGUGACACCAAAACCAGCACCCACCACAACAGGCACUUCCACAGUGUUGGUUGCAACAGCAGUCCAUGCAUAUCGAUACACAAAUGGUCAAUAUGUAAAGCAGGGCAAAUUUGGUGCUGCAGUCCUGGGGAAUCACAUAGCCAAAGAGUAUAAGAUUCUUCUUUAUAUCAGUCAACAGCAGCCGGUUACUGUUGCCAGGAUUCAUCCGAAUUUUGAGCUAAUGGUUCGGCCCAAUAACUAUAGCACUUUUUAUGAUGACCAGAGACAAAACUGGUCCAUCAUGUUUGAGUCGGAAAAGGCUGCUGUGGAGUUCAAUAAACAGGUGUGCAUUGCCAAGUGCAACAGCACUUCCUCCCUGGAUGCAGUGCUCUCACAGGACCUCAUUGUAGCAGAGGGCCCUGCUGUAGAAGUUGGAGAUUCUUUGGAAGUGGCCUAUACCAGCUGGCUCUUCCAAAAUCAUGCGCUGGGCCAGGUUUUGGAUUCCACUGCUAACAAAGAUAAGCUGCUUCGCCUGAAAUUAGGCUCAGGAAAAGUCAUCAAGGGCUGGGAGGAUGGAAUGCUGGGCAUGAGAAAAGGAGGGAAGCGGUUGCUUAUCAUCCCUCCAGCCUGUGCUGCUGGCUCUGAAGGGGUAAUAGGAUGGACUCAGUCAACGGACUCCAUCCUGGUAUUUGAGGUGGAGAUUAGGCGGGUGAAGUUUGCCAGAGAUUUCAGCUCUGAUGGGCACAGUGUUAGUUCCCGGGAUUCUGUGGCCCCUUCUCCCAUACCUGGUGCUGACAGCCUCCCUGCUGAUCCUGUUGUGUCACCACCCACAUCUGUGCCUUUCAAAUCAGGGGAGCCGGCUCUUCGUGCCAAAUCUAACUCCCUCAGUGAACAGCUUACGAUAAAUACAAAUCCAGAUAUAGUCAAGGCCAAGUUGAUCUCUCGGAUGGCUAAAAUGGGCCAGCCCAUGCUGCCCAUCCUUCCACCACAGCUGGAUUCCAAUGAUUCGGAAAUCGAAGAAUUGAGUGCUCUUCAAGGAGCUGGACAUCCCAUGGCGACUCCAUCAAUCCAGCCCUCUUUUCAGCCAGCCCAUCCAGUGCUACCACAGAUGACCUCACAAGCACCUCAGCCAUCUGUUUCUGGGCUCCAAGCACCCCCUGCUGCCUCAAUGCAAGUUGCAUCUCUUGAGUCCCACUCAGCUGUAUCUGGAAAUGGCCAGUCCUUUCAGCCCUAUGCAGGUAUGCCAGCCUACGCUUAUCCCCAGGCAUCAACCCAGCUGCAGCCUGUUCGGCCCUUGUACCCAGCACCGCUCUCACACUCUCCCCAUUUUCAAGGAUCAAGUGACAUGGCUUCGUUUCUCAUGAGUGAAGCCCGACAACAUAACACGGAAAUUCGAAUGGCCGUCAGCAAGGUGGCUGAUAAAAUGGAUCAUCUCAUGACUAAGGUUGAAGAGUUACAGAAGCAUAGUGCCAGCAAUUCCAGGCUCAUUCCUAGCAUGUCGGUUACUAUGGAAACAAGCAUGAUUAUGAGCAACAUCCAGCGAAUUAUUCAGGAAAAUGAAAGAUUGAAGCAAGAGAUCCUUGAAAAGAGCAGUCGGAUAGAAGAGCAGAAUGACAAGAUUAGUGAACUAAUUGAACGAAAUCAGAGGUAUGUUGAGCAAAGUAACCUGAUGAUGGAGAAGAGGAACAACUCACUUCAAACAGCCACAGAAAACACACAGGCAAGAGUAUUGCAUGCUGAGCAAGAGAAGGCCAAAGUGACGGAAGAGUUAGCAGCAGCCACUGCCCAGAUCUCUCAUCUACAGCUGAAAAUGACUGCUCACCAGAAGAAAGAAACAGAACUGCAGGUACAGCUGACAGAAAGCUUAAAGGAGACAGACGUCCUCAGGGGCCAGCUCACCAAACUGCAGGCAGAGCUCUCAGAGCUCCAAGAGACCUCUGAGCAAGCACAGUCCAAAUUCAAAAGUGAAAAGCAAAGCCGGAGGCAACUGGAACUCAAGGUGACAGCCCUGGAGGAAGAGCUGACUGACCUUCGAGCUGAGAAGGAGUCUCUCGAAAAGAACCUCACAGAAAGGAAAAAGAAGUCAGCUCAAGAGCGCUGUCAGGCUGAGGAGGAGAUAGAUGAAAUUCGCAAGUCACACCGGGAGGAAUUAGACAAACUUCGACAGCUUUUGAAAAAGGCUCGGGUGUCCACAGACCAAGCAGCCGCAGAGCAGCUGUCUCUAGUACAGGCUGAGCUACAGACCGAGUGGGAAGCAAAAUGUGAACAUCUGUUGGCCUCUGCUAAGGAUGAACACCUGCAACAAUAUCAGGAGGUGUGUGCACAGAGAGAUGCCAACCAGCAGAGGCUGCUCCAGCUGCAGGAAAAGUGUUUGGCCCUCCAGGCUCAAGUCACAGCCCUGACAGAGCAAAAUGAACAGCACAUCAAGGACUUGGAGGAAAACAAGUCCCAGACGUCUGGGGUUGAAGCUGCUGCCGCUGACCCGUCAGAGAAGGUCAAGAAGAUUAUGAACCAGGUGUUCCAGUCCUUGCGAGGAGAGUUUGAGCUGGAUGCCUCUUACAGUGGCAGGACCAUUCUGGGGACCACUAUGAACACCAUCAAGAUGGUGACUCUUCAGCUGUUAAACCAACACGAGCGAGAGAGCAGCAGUGAAGAGGAGGAGGAAGAAGAGCGACCUCGGAGAACUUCCCAGGAACAGUCAGUCUCGGCCAGGUCUGGACCGUCUGAAGCACGUCUGAGUAGGGAGAGGCAGGAGACCCCCACGAUGCCAUCGGAGCAGGUAGUCCAGGAAGCUGACCCACGGCCUCCUCAGGCCCUCCCCACCCACCAGGAUGACACACAGACAAGGGAAGGGGAGCCCACAAAAGCGGAGGCACUGUCAGAAAUAGAAGGUGAUUCCCUCCCACCCGAACUGGCUUGUAUCCCCUCCCAAAGAGCUCUGGAGCCCCCGACUUCAGUUCCCCCAAAGCCUCCGAGCCCUGUACCUGUGGACUCUGAGUGUGAGGAGACGCUUGCUGCCAGCCCAUUGGAAAAUGCCUGUGUGGGGGAGCAAGAAAGCUCCACUAGACUGUCCCUGACUUCAGACCCUGAGAAAGGGAACCCACUGGCUUUGGGGCCUGAAAGUCCAGGAGAGCCUCAGCCUCUAGAGCUCAAGAAAGACGAAGAUGUCACUACCUCCACUGCUCCCUCCAAGGAGCUGUCAAGCACAGAGGCGGGUUCUACAGCUGCAGAAGCAGUGCUUGGACCCACGCACUGUUCUCAGCGUUCCAGUUCCUUUGGGGAUGAAGAGAAUGAACUGUUUAAAGGGGCUACUCUGAAAGUUCCGAGGCCCAAAGUGCAGUCUGAGGAAGAGGAUGAAGAUGAGGUGAGCAUGAAGGGACGCCCGCCCCCGACACCCCUUUUUGGAGAUGAUGACGAUGACGAUGACAUUGACUGGCUGGGAUGAAGACCCAGGAAACUGAUGCAAAGGUGUCUCUACUGACCCCUCUCCCUAAGCAUGGUUUUGCACAGGCAGCCCUGGGUCUAGGUGAGCCACAGGGUGAGGCGAAGGUGAGCAUUCCGAGGACAGUAGUUCAGCUGCCUGAGCUAGCCCGCUUCUGAGCCCCACCCGGCCGGGUGAAGAGGAGUGUGGGCCUGUCUUCAGAACGCUGGGGUUGUCAACAGCUGCUCCUGUUCCUGCCUCAGAAGCCCAUUUGGAGGAAGGGCUGGUAGGUUCCCCGCUAGCCAGUCACCUACAAGAGUCCUGCCCUCUUUGAAGCCUUUUAUUCUCUUCACUAACUCUCACACUGAUGUGGGGAGCCCUUCUCCACCUGCCUCCCAAUGCUCAGCUGUGCCCCAGCACCACGGCCUGUCACCAGGGGUGAGGUCUCCCUGGUAGAACCGAGGGUGGAUUACACCGACUGAACCCCAGUUAACAGCCUUGCCUGAGUCCUGGCACAUGUAUCUUUUCUCUGCCUUAAAUCUUUGAAAUUAACAAAACUAAAAUAAACACCUGUAAUGAAACGACUCAA